AUGCAUGCAUGCCAGCACUCGACGCACACCUUUGUCUGGGCCUGCGCAAUCACACGCGCAGAUUGGUGCUGCAAUGUGCACAAACAAACCUCGGGUUUUUUUUGUCUUUUUCAGGGCUAUUGGCUUGUUGAUGCAAUCACGCGCAAUCUUUGUCAAUUGGUCCUUGUCAAAUCUUGGGGUGGGGGGAGGGGUACCACCGAAAAACAGAACAAGGACGGUGGAUUCAUGGGUUUAGAGGGUGGGGUUAGAAUAGACGCCAAUUAA